AUGGGCAAGGUUCCCUCGGCUCGAUCUCAUUUUCAACUUUCAAAUUCUACCACCACCUCCAGUCUGGGGUCAGGGUCCAUCGGAAACCUGCCCCGAAUCCAAGAAACUCAAAAUUCACAAUCUUCGAAUCCCAACUAUUUACUAACAGAUAAAUCUAUGAAUGUGUCGAAAUCAACUGGUUCUUCGCUUAUUGAACUUACCGCCAGCUCGUCAACUGAACUGCGGAAUGGGUCACACUCUGUGCCCGGUAGCGAUCAUCAGCAUUCUACUUAUCGGACUAAUUGUACCAAUCACUAUUCUGGUUUGUACGAGCAACAGCCUAACAAGUCUAGGGCUUAUAGUGCUGAAGUAGUCGCUGGAUCACCCUCAAGUUUGGCAAAUGCCUGGUCCGGAGCCGAGGAUAUUGCACCUCGUAUCAUGCUCAGCACUGGCUCCUCUAUUCCUUCGGUUGAUAUUUCCAUUUUUGAUAAGAAGUUUCAAAGCAGCUCAAACUCGCGGGCCACUCUCUGCACUUUAACAGGCGUAAGCACUGUACCGCCCUCUGGAUACGGUUGCUCUUCUCCAGCUCCGAGCCAAUCUUCUUCAUGUGGCCACUCUGGAAAGACUAAUCUUAGGCGCCGCAGACUGACCAGCAGUACAUGUAUGAGUAGUGGUGAUCCAGUUCAGACUUCAAAUCAACUCUGGCACAACUGGCGAGAAGCUCCGCGUCUUCCCGACAGUGCCGACUUCCUAGAAACGGAAGAAGAGGACGACGACGACGGGGAUGAGUAUGAUGCUAGCGAAGUGAAAGAUAGAACCUUAGGAAACCCUAAAAUUUAG